AAUCAACUGGUCAUACAUCCUUCAUCUUAACAAUGUCCAGACAAAAGAUGGACUGCAUGCUGCCAACAAGAUCACAAGCAAGCAUGUCCACUUUGAUGGACAGAAGAUGAAGGUGUCCCUGGCUGCGCAAACACUGAGUCGCUCUGUAACGGUGGCUCUGCGCACGUUGAGGGACCUUGGCUAUUCACAGUUUAAACACUGUGAAGCAACAGCUGAAUUCACUGAGGUAAUGCAACAUGCAAACAUUGUUUUAUAACAUUUCAUAUUCUACGUGAAACCCAACUCUCAUACUUACCUUUCAUACUUAACCUGUAGAGGGAAAUCCAAGCAAAGCGUACAGUAGUACUAAAAUGUUUACUUGUAUAUAUUGAAAUUAGAUAAUGUAGUGUACUCUGAUACCUGCAGACACCCUGUUAUGAUAGAUGCAGGCUUUCAGUAAAUAGAACCAUUUGUUUUUUUAGAUGAUUGACAGGCUCUUUGACAUCCUGAACAGUCGCAAUCCCUGUGGCAAAGGAUUCAAAGCUCCUCUGGGUGCUUUAACUUGGACAGAGAGAGCAGAAUUCUUGUUGAGAGGCAGGGCAUACUUGCUCAGUUUGCGGAUGAAAGAUGGCACACCCCUUCACCAAUCAAAGAGGUCUUUUAAAAUAGUGAAUGGUUCGAAUGAAAAGUUCAUGACAUCAUAAGUUCAUAUGAUGCUCUGUUCUUUUGUUGCGCAUCAAGUUCAUAUGAUGCUUUGUUCUCUUAUUGCGCAUCAAGUUCAUAUGAUGCUCUGUUCUCUUGUUCUGAUAUUUUUGCUGUCUGCGGUUUUGUUUCUGUUGACUCUUCUGUUCAGUGUUUUUCAGAUCAUACAGGUGUCCCAAAUUCAGAUUCUGAUUACUUUAUUCAUCACAAAAGGGAUAUCUACAUAUCUCUCCAUCCUGCAGCAAAGAGAGAGAAGCCGUCCACCACCGUUAUUUCUUUGGUCCAUCAAGGAGUUUAUAAAGUGGGUGAUCCGUGUUGUUUAGAAUGGUAAAUCCCAUCCGGUUGGAGGAGAGGGUCACAUGAUUGAAGUCUCCUGAUAUUAUAAGUAGGCUAUGUGUGUUUUUAUGCAUAUUCAUAUGAUGCACUUGUGCAAAACCUUUUGAUGUCUGCAGUUUUGUUUCUGUUGGAAUCUUCUUGUGUCCAGUGUUUUUCAGGUCAUACAGGUGUCAAAUGGUAUGUAUGGCACGUUCUUGUGUUCAAGUUUUCCCAGUUCAGUUUUAAUAUCGUUCCCUAGUUGCUUUAGCAUCCGAGAGGUAAGUUAUUUUACUUCAAGGACCCUAAUCCUGACACUGAUUUAUACUCUUAAGAAGCACCCAGUAAUUUUUCAGUAGAUUUGUAGUGUACUUAAAUAAUUUAACAUAACCAACCAGGGAUGUUAUUGGAGCAAAAGAUGUAUUUCUGUCUCCAUCCCUGUCACUAUGUAUUGAGUCACAUCUCAUGGAUAUUUGUAGAAACGUCAAUGUCUUUCAAUAAAUAAAAUUACUAGGUGCUCUUGAGGUGAAUUGUUUUGCCACGAUCAUAUUAGUAAAAUAUUUUCUUUUGAAGGUACUUGUCAGUCAUCGGCUUCGUCAUCAACAUUGACACAUUGUUGAUGAUGAUUCCUGACCUACUCCAUGUUCAGCGUUACGUCUGUACAUACCGCUUCAGUCAAGAUCACUUGGAGCUUCUGUUUAACUCUGUCAGGGCAUCAGGGGGCUGGAAUAAUAAUCCAACUGCAGGGCAGUUCCAGGCCAUUUUCCGGCGUCUGAUGGUGAGGUGUGGUGUCUCACCAAAUAGCUCAGGCAACGUGGCAGCGCAAGACGAGACUGUGUCCCUGUCAGCUCUAGACAAUUACUCUGCGUUAGCAGCAGAAGAAGAGCUUCCGACCCCGUUUGCGAACAUGUCCGCAGUUGUAGGUGACCAUAGUUACCUGCCCACCCGCUUUGGCAGUCUUGUUGACAAUGCCUUGGUGUACAUUUCAGGAUUUGUUGUUAGACAAGUUCUGAAAAAGCUGUCCUGUGAGGUGUGCCGUGCUAGCCUGGUUGCAGCUGCUGUACCCUCAUCCUUUGACCAGAGCUACCACCUGCUGAUGCUUAAAAACAAUGGCGGGCUGAUGAUCCCCUCGGAAGGAACAGUUAAGGUGGUUAGAGCAGCAGAGCGUGCAAUCCGCCAAAACUCAGGCCAAGGUGUCAGCAUGUCUUUUGUGAACCAUUUCGUCCGGGCUGAGAUAGGUUCAGAGGAUGUGUUUUUGCUUGCGGAGCACAUUGAAGAAACACAAUUUGGCAUCGAAAACCAUCAUUUCAUGCUUGUGUCGUUAAUUGUGUCUGUCUUUCUCAAACUACGGCUGCAUCACAUUGCAAAAUUGACUACCCUGGAGUUACAGAGUGCCAGCACACGCAAGAAGCUGUGUAAAACAGUUCUUUUUCAAGGGUUUUAGCUGAGAUGGAGA